AUGACUGAAAUUAGACCAUUCCUUUGCGAUAGCAUUGACAAGUCGUUAUUGCGAAAAGAUAUCAAAGAUGCGGUUAAACAAAAAAGCAAACUACUUCAUUUAGGUGGCCCUCAACUACAUGAAGUUAUAUUUAAUAUUCCCGGAGCUCUGGUAGAAGUUGACGUGGAGAAGCAAAUUGAUGUUUUCAAGGUUUUGAUCGAAAAACUUAACGAUUUCUUUUCACCGAAGCGAAAUUCUACAUUCGAGAGGCAUCUCUUUAGGAACAUUGUCCCACUAGAAGGAGAAUGUUUUAACAAAUUUUUGUUGCGUUUGAGACACCAAGCAUCUAAAUGUUCUUUCGGAGAAACCAAAAGCGAAAUAGAAGACAUCUCGUUGAAGGAUAAAAUUAUUGACUCUUGGGCUAGCGUAGAGUUAAAAAAACGUCUUCUUGAAAAGGAACAAGAUUUGACCGAGAUUAUUGAGGCGUGUCAAAUUCAUGAACAGAUCCAUAAGCAAUCACAGUGUAUGAUUCCCAAGCAAGAUAGCGAAAUAGUUAAUAAAGUGUCUUCGAGAUUGCAAAAGGCUGGAAGUAGGGUGGGUGAGUGUUCCAGAUGUGGUCAGGUCGGUCAUGCGAGUUUUGACAUUAACUGUCCAGCCAAGAAAUCGAAAUGCAACAAAUGUGGGUUAAUGGGGCACUAUGCUCGCAAAUGUAAAACAAAGGGCUUAAAGCGAAAGCAUGAACAAACGGACUUUGGUAAUUCAAAACAACGUCGAUUUCAGCCGUCAAGAGUAAGGUGCAUUGAGAAAACUGAAGACGACUUGUCGGAUAAUUCGUGGGGACAUGACUGCCUUCAGGUAGAAACUUCUGCGUCAAUGAACGAAAUUAUUAAAUGUCAGAUCGGUGGGCACGAGGUUGCAAUGAUUAUCGACGCAGGAUCGCGAUUUAAUUUGCUUAGUCAACAAGCCUGGGACGAACUGAAUUGUAGCAAAGCAGUUAUGUGGAACAUUCGCACAGAAUCAGUGAAUCAAUUUAAAGCGUACGCAGCGAAUCAGCUUCUGAAAGUUCUCUAUGUCUUCGAGGCACCAGUAGCGGUGAGAAAGCAUUCAGAAAGUAUCGCCACUUUCUACGUUAUUAAAUAUGGCAAACAAUCUCUUCUUGGCCGCGAUACCGCCAUCCAGCUUAAAGUGUUGAAAUUGGGUCUGGGUGUAAACAGCGUUGAAAUAGUAGAGCCGUUUCCUAGAAUUUCAAAUAUUAAAGUAAAAUUGUCUUUAGAUCCUUCCAUAAAACCGGUUAAGCAACCAAUGCGCCGUAUACCAAUUGCUCUUGAAAAAAAAGUCGAAGACAAAUUAAAUGAAGCCCUUGCUAAAGACAUUAUUGAGCCUGUUAUUGGACCAUGUUCGUGGAUAUCUCCAAUUGUUGCUGUUUUUAAGGAGGGGGGAGAAAUGCGUCUGUGUGUGGAUAUGCGUAGAGCUAAUCAAGCUGUGUUGCGAGAAAACUAUCCACUUCCAACUUUUGAUAGUUUUAUGACAAAGUUAAAAGAAGCUAAGUUUUUCUCCCGCUUAGAUCUUAAAUGGGCCUAUCAUCAAUUGGAGCUGGAAGAAUCAAGUCGUGAAAUUACCACCUUUAUAACUCACAAGGGAUUGUUCCGCUACAAAAGACUAAUGUUUGGUAUCAGCUCUGCUCCUGAGAUCUUUUAG